AAUUGUUAAAAAUAUGUAAGUGAAUGUUUUCAGAUAGCUCAUGUAAUAUCCUAACCCUGGAUAAAAUGUAAACUAGAGUAUGAAGCUGUUUUUUCUUCUCCUAUCUCUCUCCUGUGCCGAGCCCCUGGAGUUUUACUGCGAGAAUAUCACCUACAAAUACCUCCUACAGAAGGGGGAACGGGUCAGGGAGCACCACAGAGCAACCUUAGGACGAAGCAAAGAUGCAGGACGGAGUGUAUCCGCUCUCUGCUCUACCGGGUACCUGGAGUUCUAUCGAGAGCUAAUGCUGAGCACAAGAACCUGUUCGGUAACCCUGGAGACCCAGAUACCUGGAGAUGAGGAGUUCCUGGAGUUUCCAAGGAACCCGGAGAAAGAGUGGACUAAGAAUUUCGCUAGUCCUGAGUGUGGUUCUAAAUUAGUGAAAUCAAGUGAAAAUUUAAAAAAUGCCCCGCUCUUAAUAACUCGAAGUAACGACGAAUAUAUGUUAAACGAAUGUUCUAAAAAAGUUUGGUUUGUGAUCGAGCUUUGUGAAACCAUAAAAGUGACGAGGUUCGAACUCGAAAAUCAUGAACUGUAUGCAGGAACCCCGGAAAUGUUUUCCAUCAGUGUUGCCCAUAAAUACUCACCGAAUUCAAAGGAUUGGACCGAACUCGGGAAUUUCACCUCGAAAGGGGAGAAGAAAACUGUGGAAAUAUUUGAGAAUCCGGAAAAAAAUGUUUUCGGAAAAUUUGUGAAAGUAAACAUUAGAUCUAACUACGGAGAUGAACAUUACUGCACUCUCACGUCUUUCAGGGUGUUUGGUGUAUCUGAGUAUGAAGUUGUGUCUGAUGAUAAUCAUGAUUCUGAAGAUCAUCUUGAACCUGGAGAGAAUCCUGAUCAAGCUUCUGCUCAGCCCCAACUAGCUGUUUCUCCGCUCAAUGAGAAGAUGAGACAGAUCUCUCUUCUAAGCUCUAAAAGCGAAGUGGAGAGGAGCAGGAACUCCUGGACUAUUGUUCAAACCUUUAGAUUUCUUCAGCUUCAGCUUAGGAAAAAUAAUAUGAAAAUAUAUUUCUAGCUCUGCGGUAAAAUG